CUGGAGGCGGAAGCGCCGCUGGGCGCCGGGCUCGGAAGGGAUUCGAGGCUUCGGGGGCGGUGGCGGCGGCCGGGCCAGGAAGGGCAGCUCCGGCUUCGGGCCCGGCCGCAUCCGGGACGCGUCGUCGGGCCGCCUGAGGGAUGCGGAGGGACCAUGGCCAGCGACGGGGCGCGGAGGCAGUUCUGGAAGCGGAGCAGCCACAGGCUCCCGGGAAGUAUCCAGCAUGUGUAUGGAGCCCAGCAUCCUCCUUUUGACCCAUUAGUACAUGGCACGCUGAUUAAGACGGUCCCCAAGACACCAACCACCCCAGUGAAGCCCAAGAAAGUCAGCACUUUCCAGGAAUUUGAGAGCAAUACCAGCGAUGCCUGGGAUGUGGGGGAGGAUGACGAUGAGCUCCUGGCCAUGGCGGCUGAGAGCCUGAACACUGAGGUGGUCAUGGAGACGGCCAACCAGGUCAUCCAGAACCAUAGCCGGCGCCAAGAGCAGCACCGGGCACCUGAAGAUCACAUCUGCGGCGACAGCGAGCGGGCCGAGCGUUUCUCUGACCUGCCCUCGGUGACGGGCAGUGACAGCAGGCUGGUGAAGUCUGUCAGCGAGAGUCACACAUCCCAUUCUACAGAAAUCCUCAGCGACACCACCCCUCUGCAGCGCUCCCAGUCUCUCCCUUAUGCCUCCACGGUCCCUUUAGGCUAUGGAUCAUCGGAUGAUAAGAAUGCACCUGGCCCACCCGCCUUGACAGAGAGGGAGGUCUAUCGGCUAGAGAAAUUUAGGCAGCUUCUCGCGGGUCCCAACACAGAUCUUGAGGAAUUAAGAAAAUUGAGUUGGUCUGGAAUUCCCAAGCAAGUCCGUCCAAUAACCUGGAAACUCCUUUCGGGUUACCUCCCUGCGAAUGUGGAUCGGAGAGAAGGCACCCUGCGGAGAAAGCAGAAAGAGUAUUUUGCUUUUAUUGACCAAUAUUAUGAUUCUCGGAAUGAUGAAGCUCACCAGGACACCUACAGACAGAUUCACAUCGACAUCCCUCGCAUGAGUCCGGAGACGCUGAUACUCCAGCCCAAAGUAACCGAGAUUUUUGAAAGAAUCUUGUUUAUCUGGGCCAUCCGUCAUCCUGCCAGUGGCUAUGUUCAGGGAAUCAACGACCUUGUCACCCCCUUCUUCGUGGUCUUCAUUUGUGAACACAUCGAAGAAGAAGUGGAAAAUGUGGAUGUUUCCUGUGUGCCAGCAGAGGUUCUGCGGAACAUCGAAGCUGACAGCUACUGGUGUCUGAGCAAGCUGCUGGAUGGCAUUCAGGAUAACUACACCUUUGCACAGCCCGGCAUCCAGAUGAAAGUGCGUCUGUUGGAGGAGCUGGUCAGCCGGAUCGAUGAACAAGUGCACCGGCAUCUAGACCAGCACGAGGUGAAAUACCUGCAGUUUGCCUUCCGGUGGAUGAACAAUUUGCUGAUGAGGGAGAUGCCGCUGCGCUGCACGGUCCGGCUCUGGGACACCUACCAGUCUGAACCUGAGGGUUUUUCUCACUUCCACUUGUACGUCUGUGCAGCUUUCCUCGUGAGAUGGAGAAAAGAGAUUCUAGAAGAAAAAGAUUUCCAAGAGCUGCUCAUCUUCCUCCAGAACUUGCCUACAGCCCACUGGGGAAACGAGGAAGUCAGUGUUCUCCUGGCGGAGGCUUACCGCCUCAAGUUCGCCUUUGCCGAUGCUCCGAAUCACUAUAAGAAAUGAGCCUGCGAGGGCCGGGAGUGACGCUCCCACGGGCUUGUUCUGCAGUAACAUACUUUUGAUUCUGGUUUGCACA